AUGGACAAGCUGCAAGGUCGCCAGACAACUGGUGAAGUCGAGCCAACUUCAGAUGUCGCGCACGUCAAUGGCGAUAUUGAAACUUCUCCAGCACCAGAAAUUGCUUCCGAUGACAAGAAAGCAGGUGCCAAUUUUGCCGACUAUCAGACCAAAGAAGAACUGCCAACAGAGGAUGCCCAACCAGGUGUCCAGAAGAUAGAGGCUGUAACGCUCGCUUGGACCAAAAAGUCACUUGCUGGUCUCUUAUGCCUCAUUUGGCUCUUGUUCUUGACCAAUGGAAUGAGGCUGUCGAUUCUAUACACCUUGGCCCCAUAUGUCACAAGUGAAUUCCAAUCUCACUCACUUACCACGACAAUUGACAUAGUUGCAUCUUCGAUGUCCGCUGCAACAUAUAUUCCUGUAGCAAAGAUGCUCGACGUUUGGGGUCGAGCCGAAGGUUUCCUCGUAAUGGUCUUUUGUGCUACACUGGGUCUUAUCUUGAUGGCCGUGUCACAAAACUUGGCGACGUUUUGUGCUGCGCAGCUCUUCUACUCUGUUGGAUUUUCUGGCCUCAUCUACAUCGUUUGUGUUUUGGCAGCAGAUGCUACGAACCUCCGAAACAGAGGUCUUGCCUUUGCAUUCACCAGUUCUCCUUAUAUGAUAACGGCAUUUGCAGGCUCCAAAGCUGCUGCGGGCUUUCUGGCGAAUGUGAGCUGGCGCUGGGGUUUCGGAUGUUUCGCUCUCAUUGUACCUGUUGUCACAACUCCGCUUUAUCUGGUCCUUAGGCUCAACCUUCGCAAGGCCAUGAAGGAAGGCUUGUGGGAGGAGAAGAAGAGUGGUCGCACCGUCUCACAACAAAUCAAGUAUUUCUUCAUAGAAUUUGACAUUCCCGGAGUUGUUCUACUUGCUGGAGGUGUUGUCGUCUUUUUGCUGCCAUUCACGCUUGCCUACUCAGCACCCCAAGGCUGGAAAACCCCCUAUAUCAUCGCCAUGGUCAUAACAGGUUUUGUCACACUGGUACUCUUCGGCUUCUACCAAGCCUACCUGGCGCCAUCACCGUUCAUUAAUAACAAAUUUUUGACGAACAGGACGGUGGUAGCUGCGUGUCUCAUUGAUCUGACAUACCAGAUGUCCUAUAAUUGCUGGGCCACCUACUUCACAUCGUUCCUUCAAGUAGUAACAAAUGUAGGGCCAGCAGAAGCAGGAUAUAUCGGCAGUACAUUCCAAGUCGUCUCGGGAGUCCUGCUUUUCUUCGUCGGCUACCUGAUCCGCCGCACUGGUCGCUUCAGGUGGCUCUUCUACUGGGCCGUUCCUCUCUAUGUCUUUGCUCUGGGCCUGAUGAUCCACUUCCGCAGCCCCAAUGGCAAAGUCGGCUAUUUGAUCAUGUGUGAGAUUUUCAUCUCGAUGGGAGGAGCAGUCUUUAUUCUCUGCAUGCAGCUCGCUGUCCUCGCAGCAGUCGACCACCAGCACGUUGCUGCCGCACUAGCAAUCCUGUUCGUCUCGGGCGGUUUUGGUGCUGCUAUAGGAAGUGCAAUCAGCGGAGCAAUUUGGACGAACACCUUCGCGGGCGGUCUGGUCAAGUAUCUCCCCGAAUCGGCCUUACCCGACUUGAUGACUAUCUAUGGCAGCUUGCCCGUCCAGCUCAGCUAUCCGGUUGGAAGCGCAGAACGUUUGGGCAUUCAAAAGGCAUAUGGGUAUGCACAGACUAGGAUGCUGGCUACUGGUACCGGCAUCAUGAGCUUGUCAUUUAUUUGGAUGUUUUUGAUGAAGAAUCUCAAGGUUUCGGAGAUGUCGCAGACCAAAGGUGUCGUGUUUUGA